UUUAGAGUAUCUGCAAUGGUGAAAUGAAGUAACUCAAAGAUGAGCAAGUUAAAAGUCAUAUCAGAGAAAAGCCUUACCAAUAAUUCUCGGAUUGUGGGACUCCUGGCUCAGCUGGAGAAGAUCAAUACUGAAUCUACAGAAUCAGAUACUGCCAGAUAUGUUACAUCAAAAAUUCUUCAUCUGGCUCAAAGUCAAGAAAAAACAAGGAGAGAAAUGACAGCCAAAGGUUCUACAGGAAUGGAAGUUCUGCUGUCAACAUUAGAGAACACGAAAGAUCUUCAAACUACCCUUAAUAUCUUAAGCAUUCUUGUUGAGCUGUUGUCAGCAGGUGGAGGUCGAAGAGCAAGUUUCUUAGUUGGCAAAGGUGGUUCACAAAUAUUGUUACAGUUACUUAUGAAUGCCAGCAAAGAAUCUCCCCCACAUGAGGAGUUAAUGGUACAGAUUCAUUCUAUUCUUGCAAAGAUUGGACCAAAAGAUAAAAAAUUUGGAGUGAAAGCUAGAAUCAAUGGGGCUCUGACUAUAACGUUGAACUUGGUCAAACAGAAUUUGCAGAAUCAUCGCUUGGUUCUACCUUGUCUUCAGCUUUUACGAGUAUAUUCUGCCAACUCUGUCAAUUCAGUAUCCUUAGGGAAAAAUGGAGUUGUGGAGCUAAUGUUUAAAAUCAUCGGACCGUUUAGUAAGAAGAAUUCAGGUAUUAUGAAGGUUGCUUUAGACACUCUUGCUGCAUUGCUAAAAUCAAAAACAAAUGCCAGGAGAGCUGUAGACAGAGGAUAUGUCCAAGUGCUUUUAACAAUUUAUCUAGAUUGGCACCGUCAUGAUAAUCGGCAUAGAAACAUGCUCAUUCGGAAAGGAAUUUUGCAGAGUUUAAAAAGUGUUACAAGCAUCAAGUUGGGAAGAAAAGCAUUUAUUGAUGCCAAUGGGAUGAAAAUUCUGUAUAACACUUCACAAGAAUGUUUGGCAGUCAGGACUCUUGAUCCUCUUGUCAACACCUCCAGUCUGAUAAUGAGGAAGUGUUUCCCAAAAAAUCGCCUGCCACUCCCAACGAUUAAAAGUUCUUUCCAUUUCCAGUUGCCGGUUAUUCCUGUGACUGGCCCUGUGGCCCAGCUCUACAGUUUACCCCCUGAAGUGGAUGACGUAGUGGAUGAAAGUGACGACAAUGAUGAUAUUGAUGGAGAAGCUGAAAAUGAAACUGAAAAUGAAGAUGACCUAGCUCCAAAUUUUAAGAAUGAUGAUAUUGAGACAGAUAUUAACAAACUAAAACCCCAGCAAGAACCAGGACGAACUAUAGAAGAACUAAAAAUGUAUGAACACCUUUUCCCUGAACUUGUUGAUGAUUUUAAGGACUAUGACUUAAUCUCCAAAGAACCAAAGCCUUUUGUAUUUGAGGGAAAAGUACGUACUCCUAUUGUUGUGCCUACGGCAGGAGAGGAAGCAUCUGGGAAUUCAGGCAAAUUAAGAAAAGGAGUUGUAAUGAAGGAGAAGGUAUCUUCUAAAGAAGAUGAAGGUGAUAAGAAACCUACCUUUAUGAAUCUAGCAAAAGAAGACAUUAAAGAUAAUGACAGAACAUUACAACAGCAGCUAGGUGACCAGAAUAGAACUAUUUCAUCAGUCCGUGGCUUAAACAAUGAUAUCGUAAAGGCCUUGGACCGAAUUACAUUGCAGAAUAUUCCUUCUCACACAGCCCCAGGUUUUACUGCAGAAACAAAGAAGGACUACAGCCUCCCCCUUAGUGUUCUUACGUGCACUAAAGCAUGUCCCCACAUGGCCACUUGUGGAAAUGUUCUGUUUGAGGGAAGAACAGUUCAGCUAGGGAAGCUUUGCUGUACUGGAGUUGAAACUGAAGAUGAUGGAGAUACCGAGUCUAAUUCAUCAGUGGAACAGGUAUCUAUUGAAGUACCUGAUGGACCAACACUGCAUGACCCAGACCUCUAUAUUGAGAUUGUGAAAAGUACAAAGUCUGUCCCGGAAUAUUCAGAAGUGGCUUAUCCUGAUUAUUUUGGUCACGUUCCGCCUCCAUUCCAAGAGCCUAUUUUAGAAAGGCCUUAUGGUGUCCAAAGGACAAAAAUUGCCCAAGAUAUUGAGAGACUAAUACAUCAGAGUGAUAUCAUAGAUCGAGUGGUAUAUGAUAUAGAUAAUCCAAAUUACACCAUUCCAGAAGAAGGAGAUAUUUUGAAGUUUAACUCCAAAUUUGAAUCUGGGAAUCUGCGCAAAGUAAUUCAAAUUAGAAAAAAUGAAUAUGAUCUGAUUCUGAACUCAGAUAUAAACAGCAAUCAUUAUCAUCAGUGGUUUUACUUUGAAGUCAGUGGAAUGAGGCUAGGUGUUGCUUACAGGUUUAACAUCAUUAACUGUGAAAAGUCCAACAGUCAAUUUAAUUAUGGUAUGCAACCACUCAUGUAUUCGGUUCAGGAAGCGUUAAAUGCCAGACCAUGGUGGAUUCGUAUGGGGACUGACAUUUGUUACUAUAAAAAUCACUUCUCAAGAAGUUCGGUAGCUGCAGGUGGACAAAAGGGAAAAUCCUACUAUACAAUUACAUUCACUGUCAAUUUUCCACAUAAAGAUGAUGUUUGCUACUUUGCUUAUCAUUAUCCAUAUACCUAUUCAACUUUACAGAUGCAUCUUCAAAAAUUGGAAUCAACACACAAUCCUCAGCAAAUCUAUUUUCGAAAAGAUGUCCUAUGUGAAACCUUGUCUGGAAACAGCUGUCCUUUGGUGACUAUAACAGCAAUGCCAGAUCACCGCUGUUCUUUAAGUGGAGAGGAUUUGAACAGGCAGUGGCAAAGUCCAAAUCCAGAUUUACAUCCUACAAUUUAUCAUGCUAAGGGGCUGUUACAAUACCUGGCUGCAGUGAAGCGUUUACCCCUGGUUUAUUGUGAUUAUCAUGGCCAUUCCCGAAAGAAGAAUGUAUUUAUGUAUGGCUGCAGCAUCAAAGAGACAGUGUGGCAUACCAGUGAUAACGCAACUUCAUGUGAUGUUGUGGAAGAUAUAGGAUACAGGACUUUGCCUAAGGUACUGAGCCAUAUUGCCCCAGCAUUUUGCAUGAGCAGCUGUAGCUUUGUAGUGGAAAAAUCUAAAGAAUCCACAGCACGUGUUGUAGUUUGGAGGGAAAUAGGAGUACAAAGAAGCUAUACCAUGGAGAGUACUUUGUGUGGCUGUGAUCAGGGAAAAUACAAGGGUUUACAGAUUGGUACUCGAGAAUUGGAAGAGAUGGGAGCAAAAUUUUGUGUUGGUCUACUGCGUUUGAAAAGACUGACAUCCCCAUUGGAAUAUAAUCUGCCUUCCAGCCUGCUUGACUUUGAAAAUGACUUAAUUGAAUCAAGCUGCAAAGUAACUAGCCCUACCACCUACGUUCUGGAUGAAGACGAACCGCGAUUCCUUGAAGAAGUUGAUUACAGUGCAGAAAGUAACGACGACCUAGAUGUUGAACUGACUGAAAAUGCAGGAGAUUAUGAACCUUCUGCUCAAGAAGAAGGACUUUCUGACUCUGAAUCAUCAAGAACAUACCUACCCUGAGCCCUCUGCUGUCUCUUGUUAACUGCAAAGAAAUGAAAUAUCUUGGUUUUUAUUACACAGGAAAUUUGAGAGAAACGAGUUGAUAGAGAGCUGACUCAAAAAGACAAAAGGAACUUGGGCCUGUUUGGUUUCAAGACAAUAAAUAUUAUUAAUUCAUGA